CGGCCGCGUCAUUAGUGAGAGGAAGUGACUGGCUGCAGCUCCUGACCCGGAAGCGGUCUCUAGUCCCGCCCCCUCCGCCUGGCUUCCUCCUGCAACAGGCGUGGGUCACGCUGUCGCUCGCUCUCUUUCUGCCGCCAUCUUGGUUCCGCGUUCCCCGCACAAAAUGCCCGGCGAAGCCACAGAAACCGUCCCUGCUACGGAGCAAGAGUUGCCACAGCCCCAGGCUGAGACAGCUGUGCUUCCUGUGUCUUCAGCCUUGAGUGUCACUGCUGCCUCAGGGCAGCCUGUGCCAACCCUUCCCCCUCCUUGCUCCCUGCCCCCACAACAGUACCCUCUGACAACCCCUAGCCAGCCCACCCCAUUCCUUUCUCCCUCUGCUAUUGCCUCUACCCCCUUUGAAGCUCCUUUGCCACAGGCAUCCUCUGGGACAGCCCUGCCCUUGGGAGCUGCCCCUACGCUCCCUGACACCCCAGCUUUCCUACCAAACCUAAUAGGGCCUCCCAUCUCCCCAGCUGCCUUAGCUCUGGCCUCUCCCAUGAUAACUCCAACUCUGAAAGGUGCCCAUCCCUCUUCAGCUCCCUUGACUCUGGUGGCCUUGCCUCCCCACUCAGUUCAGAAGAGCUCUGCUGGUCCACCUAACCCUAUUAGUUCACCUCCUUCAGCUGCUGUGGCUAAGUCAGGGUCCGUGACACCACUGUCAGCUCCCAUUGCUUCCUCAGAACCAAAGACCUCUCCUAUUCAAGCUCCCUCUCAAGUUGUCCCUAAUCCAAAAGUUACCCCCAUUCCUCUAUGUACGGCCAGUGCUGUUCCUUCCCAGCCUUUAACUCCCGUGGCCUCCUGUGCUCAGACACCACCCACUACUCCCCUAGCCAUCACCUCCCCCCAGGUCAAAGGCAUACCUAUUUCCUCAGCUCUGGCUUCUCCACAAAACCCUGUAAGCCUCAGCCUAAAGGGACCCCUUACUCCACCUGCUGCCUUACCUCUCUCAACCCAGUCUGUUCCUAUGACUCCCAGCGUCCCCCCAGUUUUCCUCACUCCUAUGGGCUCUCAUCUUGUACCUUUACAUCAGAGUUGUCUUGGUUCUCCUGUCCAGUGUGUAGGUCAAACAGGCCCUAAUGUUCUGUCCGAUUCUAUAGUGGAUACCAUUUCUGUACACCACUCUUCCCUAGGGGCCUCUUGCCCUUCUCAGCAAGCUGUAAUUUCUCCCCCUCCUUCCAGAAAUGAGGUGGCUCCUGCUGCUGUGGCUGCCUUUCCAGUGGGGGCUCCGGCUUCCUCUCUGCCUCUGUCGGUUGAUAAGGGACUCUCUACCAUCACUAGUGUAUCCUCCUACAGCUCUUCUGGUUCCUCAGCUGUCUCUUCUCCCUUAUCUCCUACAGCCCCUCUCACCCUCAAAGGCUCUCCUAAUGCCACUCAUCAGCCACCCUUAGAGACCCAGAUGCCUCCUGCUUCUCCAGGAAGUCCAGGCUUGAAAAAAGCUCCUGUUUCUUCUGUUGGAAUUACCUCACUUGUGAUGACUAACCCCUCUACAAUUUCUGCCACACCUACCACCUUUGAGGUAGUAAAUGCUAGCUGUGUGUCUCCUCCAAUUUCAUCAGGUCUCAUAAGUAAUAAGAACUCAGCUUCCCAUACUGCCUUGGUUAUGGCACCUGUGGCUCCCAAAGAACUUCCUUCUCCUUGGGUAACAACUGCUCUGGGGAUACCAGGCUCCCCUCCUCUGCCAGCACCUGAGGAGCUCAAAAGUCUCCCUGCUUCACAAUUGGUCAAGUUCCCAACACAGAAAGAUCACCAAACUGUCCCUGCCUCUCCUGUAGGAACCCCUAUUUCACCAGCUCAGGCAGGACUCCCUACCAAGAAAGACCCUAUUGUACUACCAUUGGCGCUGGCAGCCCCUCAGAAUCCUCCCACUCCCCAAAGUACAUCUUCUCUGGAAAUAUCUCUCUGUGCUGAAGUCACCUUAGCAAGCAAAAGCCGAGUAGAGCCUCUGCCUGUAGGUAAGCCAGCUGCUGCUACUCCCUCUCCUCUGGGUGCUAUUUCCCCAGCCUCUCUAAUCAAGACAGAUCCUUAUGCAAGUCCAGACCCUACCAGUGUGCUUCUCAAAGGUUCUCUUCCUACCCCAAGUGUAGCUACAUUUCCUUUGGAAAGUGCUGCCACUUCUGGGGGGACUCCUACAACUACCAAAGGAGCCUCCACUCCUACGACAACAGCCAGCCCUUUUCUAGAAGGAACUGUCUCUUUAGCACCUAAAAGCCACCCAGCCAAGAAGGGUACUUCUGCUCUUACUGCUUUACCUUUGGUUCCUCCCACCUCUGAAAGUUGUUCUGUGGCUCCAGCCAUGACGUUAUCCCCACAGAAUGUUACUUCUCCGGCUACUGUGGCACUGUCUUCUGAAAUUCCCAAAUCAGAACCCUUUCCCUCUCUUCCCCCAGCUGGUAAUCCUCAAGUUACAAAGAUAGGUCAUAGUGUUUCUCAAAGCUCAGCAUUGGCAUGUGUGGCCUCCUCUCCUGAAGGAUGCCCAACUGAGGAUGUUGGUGCUUCUGUUGCUGCAUCUUCCAAAGGAACUUACCUAGCUGAGUCCCCAUCUUCUUUAGGGACUAGUGUGUCUCCUCAGACUGGAGGACCUCCAACCAAGAAGGGUUCGGCUACUUCUACUACCUUAACUCUUGCCCCCUCUGUUUCUAAAAAUGUAGCCGCUGUCUCUGAUACUCCUGCUGGCAAUCUCUCAUCUCCUAUUUCUCAAAUUGAAGCUUCCUUUCUUCCAGAGGCCAGUUUUUCUUUUCAAGUCCCUGAGGAAUCACUAACCAAGAAGCAUUCCCCCACUCCUCCAUCCCCCAAAGGGGCCCCUACUUCCCCAGCUGCUGUCUCCUCAUCCCCCAAAGGGGGGCCAGCAAAACCAUCCCCUAAAGAGACUCCUCCUCCUCCAGCUAUCACUCCUUCCUCUCCCAAAGGAGCCCCAGCUACCCCACCUCCCAAAGGGGCCUGCACUCCCUCAGCUAUGGCUCCUCCCUCCCCCAAAAGGGGCCCAGCAACCUCAUCUCCUAAAGAGACUCCCAAACCCUCAGUUAUGUCCCUUCCUUCCCCUAAAGGAACCUCAGCAACUUCAUCCCCCAGAGAGUCCCCAGCUGCCCCAUUCACCAAAGGGACCUCAGCAACUCCAUCUCCCACAGGGCCUCUAGCUAUGCCACCCCCCAGAGAGUCUCCAACAGCCCCAGCCUCCAGAGGGGCCCCAGCAAUUUUAUCCCCCAAAGAGCCCUCAGAUACACCAGCCCCCAAAAGGGCUUCAACAACUCCAUCCUCUGAAGAACCCUCAGCUGCCCCAACCCCCAAAGAGGCCCCAACAACUUCAUCCCCCAAAAGAACCCCAACCCCCAAAGGGGCCCCAACAACUCCAUCCCCCAAAGGGCCCCCAGCAACUCCAUCUUCCAAAGAGCCCUCGCCUGCCCCAGCCCCCAAAGAGGCCUCAGCUGCCCCAACACCCAAAGAGGCCCCAACAACUUCACCCCCCGAAAGAACCCCAGCCCCCAAAGGGGCCCCAACAACUCCAUCCCCCAAAGAGCCCUCAGCUGUCCUGGCCCCCAAAGGGGCUCCAGCGGCUCCAUCUCCCACAGAGUCCUCAAGUACCCCAGCAACUCCAUCCCCCAAAGAGCCCUCACCUGCCCCAGCCCCCAAAGAGGCCUCAGCAAUUCCAUCUCCCAAAGAACUCUCGGAUACCCCAGCAACCCCAUCCCCUAAAGAGCCCUCAGCUGCUCCAGCCCCCAAAGGGGCCCCAUCAGCUCCAUCCCCCAAAAGAACCCCAACCCCCAAAGGGGCCCCAGCAACUCCAUCCCCCAAAGAGCCCUCAGCUGCCCCAACCCCCAAAGAGGCCCCAACAACUUCAUCCCCCAAAAGAACCCCAGCCCCCAAAGGGCCCCCAGCAACUCCAUCUUCCAAAGGGGCCCCAUCAGCUCCAUCCCCCAAAGAGCCUUCAGAUACCCCAGCAACUCCAUCUCCCAAAGAAUCCUCAGAUACCCCAGCCCCCAAAGGGGCCCCAGCAACUUCAUCCCCCAAAAGAACCCCAGCCCCCAAAGGAGCCCCAGCAACUCCAUCCCCCAAAGGGCCCCCAGCAACUCCAUCCCCCAAAGGGCCCCCAGCAACUCCAUCUUCCAAAGAGCCCAAAGGGGCCCCAGCAGCUCCAGCCCCCAAAGAGCCCUCAGCUGCCCCAGCCCCCAAAGGGCCCCCAGCAACUCCAUCUUCCAAAGAGCCCAAAGGGGCCCCAGCAGCUCCAGCCCCCAAAGAGCUCUCAGCUGCCCCAGCCCCCAAAGGGCCCCCAGCAGCUCCAUCCCCCAAAGGGCCCCCAGCAACUCCAUCCCCCAAAGGGCCCCCACCAACUCCAUCUUCCAAAGAGCUCAAAGGGGCCCCAGCAGCUCCAGCCCCCAAAGAGCCCUCAGCUGCCCCAGCCCCCAAAGGGCCCCCAGCAGCUCCAUCCCCCAAAGAGCCCUCAGAUACCCCAGCCCCCAAAGGGGCCCCAACAACUUCAUCCCCCAAAAGAACCUCAGCUCCCAAAGGGGCUCCAGUAACUUCAGCCCCCAAAAAAACCCCAGCCCCCAAAGGGGCUCCAGCAGCUCCAUCCCCCAAAGAGCCCUCAGAUACCCCAGCAACUCUAUCCCCCAAAGAGCCCUCAGAUACCCCAGCCCCCAAAGGGGCCCCAACAACUUCAUCCCCCAAAAGAAUCCCAGCCCCUAAAGGAGCCCCAGCAGCUCCAUCUCACAAAGAGCCCUCAGAUACCCCAACCCCCAAAGGGGUCCCAGCAACACCAACUCCCAAAGAGCCCUCAGCUUCUCCAGCCCCCAAAGUGGCCCCAGCAACUCCAUCUCCUAAAAGAACCCCAGCUAAAACUCCAUCCCCCAAAGCGGUCUCAGCUACACCAGUAGAAGUGGCUUCUACUCCUUCAGCUAUGACUCCUCCAGCCCCCAAAGAGCUCUCGGCUACCCCAGCCCCCAAAGGGACCCCAUCAACUUCAUCCCCCAAAGAGCCCUCAGUUGCCCCAGCCCCCAAAGGGACCCCAACAACUUCAUCCCCAAAGAAAACCCCAGCCCCCAAAGGGGCCCCAGCAACUCCAUCUCCUAAAAGAACCCCAGCUAAAACUCCAUCCCCCAAAGAGCCCUCAGCUGCCCCAGCCCCCAUAGGUGGCCCAGCAAUCCCAUCCUCCAAAGAGUCCCCUGCUUUACCAGUUCCAGUCACAUGUCCCUUGGGAUCCACUGCCCCUCAGGCAUCUAAAGGGCUCCCAGUAAAGGAAGGCUCCACAGCUCUCAAAGCACUACUUACUGGCCCAGCUUCAGAAAAUGCACCAGUCAUCAUAGCUCCCACUCAGAAAGGUCCACCAGCCAAGAAGAGUUCACCUCCUGUGUGCUCAGAUCCCUCAGCCAAGAAUGGUACUAAAGGACCCCUUUCUACAGUGGCUCCUCCAACCCCUCUACUGGCAGUCUCCACUCAGAAAGGCACUUCUCCAAAGGGUCCCUUGGCUCCUCAUCCAAAGUCUGAGACAUCUACGCCUCUAGCAACAGCGGCUUGUGAGAAGGUCCUUCCUAAAGCUGGAUCAGCACCUGUCUCUCCAGCACCCACCCCAACAGUCUCUCUGCCUCUUGCUCCCUCCCCAGUUCCCCCUCUGCUUCCUAAACAGCAACCUCUGCCGUCCUCACCUGGGCUGGUGCUGGAAUCAUCCUGUAAGCCCUCAGCCCCCGCUGAUGAGGAUGAGCUGCCGCCUCUGAUUCCCCCGGAACCAAUCUCGGGGGGAGUGCCUUUCCAGCCGGUCCUCGUCAACAUGCCCACCCCCAAACCUGCUGGGAUCCCUGCCCCAACCCCCUCUGCCAAGCAACCUGUUCUGAAGAACAACAAGGGGUCUGGAACAGAGUCUGACAGUGAUGAAUCAGUACCAGAGCUCGAAGAACAAGAUUCCACACAGGCAACCACGCAACAAGCCCAGCUGGCGGCGGCAGCUGAGAUCGAUGAAGAACCAGUCAGUAAAGCAAAACAGAGCCGGAGUGAAAAGAAGGCACGGAAGGCUAUGUCCAAACUGGGUCUUCGACAGGUUACCGGGGUUACCAGGGUCACUAUACGGAAAUCUAAGAAUAUCCUCUUUGUCAUCACGAAACCAGAUGUCUACAAGAGCCCUGCUUCAGAUACCUACAUAGUUUUUGGUGAAGCCAAGAUUGAGGAUUUAUCUCAGCAAGCACAGCUAGCAGCUGCUGAGAAAUUUAAAGUUCAAGGUGAAGCUGUCUCAAACAUUCAAGAAAACACACAGACUCCAACUGUACAAGAGGAGAGUGAAGAGGAAGAGGUUGAUGAAACAGGUGUGGAAGUUAAGGACAUAGAAUUGGUCAUGUCACAAGCAAAUGUGUCAAGAGCCAAGGCAGUCCGAGCCCUGAAGAACAACAGUAAUGAUAUUGUAAAUGCUAUUAUGGAAUUAACAAUGUAACCAUCUAAAAAGGAAGACCCUUUUUUGUGUGUUUCAAAAGAGUUACUGCAGCUUGGUUUGAAAUUUGUACUGUUUCUAUCAUUAAUAAAGUUAUGGCUUCUUGUGGGAUGAA